AUGUCAUCACCACCCUCCAGAGACACACCGAGCGUGUUUAGCUCGCCGGAGACGGACACGAGAUUGAGCCCAGAUGCAAGCGGACAACAAGGGCUCGUUUUGAAGGCGUACUUGCUCCAGAAUUGCCCAGAAUAUCAGCGCUUGGACGCCUUGCGACAGAAGGGAUGGGAGAACAAGGCCGGCGAUGUGUUUUUCGAACAGCAACGACGGCGAGCGGACCACCCAGAUAGAAACACGGUUAUGUACUUCUAUAAGAUGAUGAAGGGCAUUGCCAGCGAGAUGAACCAAGCCACCGGCGCGCUCCGAGUCCACGUAUCCAGGCCCGGCAAACCACGGAUGCUAGACUUUUGCACAGCUCCGGGUGGGUUCCUCGAAUCAGCCAUGAGGACUAAUCCUGGAGCCGAAGCCACGGGGUUCAGUCUGCCACCCACCCAGGGAGGACAUGAGGUCAUCAUGCCGCUAAGCUCAGCCGUAACGUUCAGAUACGCGGACGUUACCAUGUUUGCUGGAGAUAUGGGUUACACGGACAUCCCCAAAGACCACCCAGACGCCGAGAGCUUCGUGCUGGCGCCAAGCAUCGACUGCGAGCAGCGCUUCCAUCUCAUUUUCUGCGAUGGGCAGGUUUUGAGAACCCAUGUUCGAGCAGCCUAUCGGCAGCCGUGGGAGGCGCGGCGUCUGACAGCUACACAGCUUGCCAUUGGGCUCGAACACGUCUCGCUAGGCGGCACCAUGGUGGUCCUAUUACACAAGCUAGAUGCCGUGGACACUGUGAGCCUAGUCUACACCUUUAGCAGAUUCUCUUCCGUCAAGCUGUUCAAGCCCAAGAACGCACACGCCAAGAGGUCCUCGUUCUACAUGGUUGCGACAGACAUCCAGAGCAAUUCGCCGCUCGUGGGGGAAGCCAUAGGGUACUGGAAGCAGCUGUGGAAGGUCUUGACGUUUGGUCCCGAUGAAGAACGCGAGAAGAAGUUAUCAGAGGGUCACAUGGACGAACGGGUGCUGGUGGAGCAAUUUGGGCCAGACCUUGUAAGGCUCGGGAAGGGAAUAUGGGAGAUUCAGGCCAGAGCUCUCGAGAAGGCGCCGUUCAUGCAAGCCGGCUGA